GUAUAGUCCGCUUAUCGACCGUUGACGUGUUGGUAUAUAAACAGUGCAGUGCAAUGUUAAAAUAUAUACUUACUCAUACGCUUGAGAUAAAUUAAUGUAAAAUAGUGCUGUUUAGUGAAUAUAGGGACUACGUAUUAAUAUUGAAAACAUAUGUCAUAUAAGAGCCCAGGAGAUAAAACUGGUCCCUUGCGAUAUACACAAAAUUAUGUAUACAAUAUCGCAGACUGUCUCGGAAAAGGAGCGACGGCAUCUGUCUUUCUUGGAAGAGAACGGACAAAGGGAAACCAAGUUGCAAUUAAAGUGUUCCCACAGGAUGAAUCUCGUCAAAUCGCACAAGCCAGAAUUCGCGAGGCCGAACUCUUGAAGACAAUUAGUCACAGAAAUGUCAUGCAACUUCUUGCAUACGAACAAGAGUUAGUAUCGGGCCAGCAGGCAAUUGUAUUGCCAUAUUGCCAAGGAGGAAGUGUGCAUGCUCUAUUGGAGCAACCGGAGAAUGGGUUUGGAUUCCAGGAGACAGAAUUUCUCAUAUUUCUUAAGAACAUCACAAGUGGUUUGAAAUAUCUGAGACAGAAGGGGAUACUGCAUAGAGAUAUUAAACCUGGAAACAUAAUGAAAGGAAUUGAACAGGAUGGAAGUUCUGUGUAUAUUCUAACGGACUUUGGAGCGGCAAGAGAGCUUGGAGAGGAGGAGACAUUUAUGUCUAUCUACGGAACUGAGGAAUAUAUUCAUCCAGACAUGUUUCAAAGAGCAGUUUUACGUCAGCCAGGUCAAAGUCAGUUUACAUCAUCAGUUGAUCUUUGGAGCCUCGCUGUGACAAUUUAUCACGUAGCAACCGGAAAACUUCCGUUCCAAGCGUUCGGAGGCAGAAAUGAUUCUCAUAUGAUGUUUCAGAUAAUAUCUGGUAGAAGAUCAGGUGAUAUAUCAGGUAUACAGAGAGAACCUGGGGGUCCGGUGGAGAGAUCGAAACAUUUACCUGAAACAUGCUAUUUGUCUAGAGGGUUAAUGAAGCAAAUUGAACCUAUAUUAGCUGGGUUAUUUGAAACCGACACUCGUCGUACGUUAACCUUCGAUCAAUUUUUUGACGCAGUGAGUGAUGUUAUUUCCAAGAAGACGGUGAAAAUUUUCUUUGCUAGAAAUGCAACGCAGAUGAUGCUGUACCUUUGCAAAACUGACAGUUACUGUCACAUCCAAGAGAAUAUUGCAUCUCUGACGGAAAUACCAGCUGACAGACAACUUCUGCUUCUCGGACAUACAGAAUUAAAAGACAUCAUAGAAGCAGACGAACAAAUAUAUACAUAUCCAAAAUCUAUCCAAAAUGCACAGCUGUUCUUGUUUGAAAAAGAUAAUUAUGAGUCAAUGCCGUUGUUAAUUUCAAAAUUGCCUCCAUUCCCACCAUGUUCAUUCAAUUCGUCUCUUAGCAACGACUCUUCCGUUGCCAAGAAAUGUGCAGCUAUUGGAUAUUAUUUGGAGUGGAAAACCAAAGAUGUAAUUAAAAGUCAGGAAUUACUUCUAGACGCAAAAUUGCAUCUAAGAUUGUAUGUAGAGAACGCAUUAUCCCCAAUUCAAAGGAUUGUUCCUGAGCUUGACAAAGAAAUUUACAUAACACAGAAACGAUCUGACAACAUAAAGCUAUCUCAGCAAAAUGUUGAAAAUGUCCUUAAACUUGUGGAAGUUCUUACAUCAGGGAGUGAUAAUUACAAAGAGCUUAUGUCUGUUGCCCAACCUUUCUGCAGUAGUGAUUCUAAUGCCAAUGAAGUUAUGGCCAAGACUAGAACUCGCUAUGAAGAGAUCAAAGUGUAUACGAGUGUAAUGAGUCAAAGGUUAAGUGCGGCUUCCACAUCUUGCCCAGCAGAUCACUUUGGAUGCAAUAAGGAAGAUCACUGCUUGUCGAAAGUUGAACAUAUACGACAAGGUAUUCAAACUGUGUCAAGUACGUUUUCAAAACAUAAGAAAUAUGGAGAACUCCAUCCACAUGAAACUUUUAUUCAUACAGUGGAAAGACGAAAGCUGGAGGACUUGUGUGUUUGCGUUAUUACCCUCUUCCAAAGCCACUGUGCCAAGAAUUUUCAAAAUGUUCAUGAUGCGGUGAAUAAAGAACUGAGCAUUCUGUUAAAACAUUUGACCAGAGUAGGAAAAGUAGAAACAAACAUAAACUUUGUAAUGGAAUGUCAAGGUCAGGUCAAUGAAAGACUUGAUAAAAUAGACGAACUGUAUCACAUAACUUCUGAGUUACUUCAGAAAAGUAUCAAAGAGAUAUUAAAAAACCCAAGCACUAUUUCUAAAAUGGCACGCCGAGAAACGCAGGAAUAUACAAAACGUAAUGAUGUGGCCUCCGACGAACACGAAAAAUCCGUUCUUAUGAAGCGUCUGAUUACGGAAGUUACACAGUUGGAGACCGAGCGAACAGAGCUCGACACUUUGCUAAACUCAAAUACGCAGACACUGCUGGAACUGAAAAGUAUGCUCACUGGCCGAAGUCUUACAUCACUCCAGCAAGACAAGAAAUCUGUAGAAUAUACUGAACUUCAUAGUACAAAUCAUGCGUGUGGAUUUUCAUGAUGAAGGCUCGAGGCGUGCACACAUAAACACACCAAAAUUAAGAAUAUCAUUUGUUGAUAACUAAUUGCAUUCAUGAUACUAAAUUGGAUUCCAUUUAAGACGGAGAGGCGAUGUAACGUUGUGUAAAAAGCAGAAGAAGGUUGUUUAAAAAUCCAAUCUCUUGUUAGAGAUAAGUAUUUUGUGUAUACUUUAUGAAUCUCUAAAGGAACACAAAGGACGCCACCUUAGCACCGUCAUCACUUAAAUUAUCUCACUUACAGCGCGUAUGUGAAUUUCAACGGAACGAAUCCAGAAGAUAGCAUGCAGUAGAUAUUGCCUUAUAUGCACAGAAAUAAACAAAUGUUUCUUUUGUUUGUUAUCACUUUGUUGCUUUGCACCAGAUAGAACAAUGAGAAUAUAUGCAUUAUCGCCAAUCAAAUAGGAGUUUGUAAGGCUAUGGAUCGAGAAAAAUGAAACUGAAACUGUUAACUUCUGAGUUAUAACAUUUAAAUAGUAAUAAAACCCAAAAUAGAUUUUGGACAGCCAUGAAAAUCGAUGCAAAUAAACAGUUAUCAAUUUACGUGAUAAAAGUUCUGUGCUGUGAACGUUUGUGAUUAGUACUUAUUCAGUUUAUACGGUAUUUAUGAUGACGCAUGCUAUAACAGGUGUAUGUGUGCACGUCUCGAACAUUUUAGGAUUUUAAAGAAAUAUUUAGGAAUUUUCAAUUUUAUUUGUUUUGUUUUUGUUUCCGAAAUUGCCAAAUGUACAAAGUGCGCUUAAAGUUAUACAAUAAAAUCUCUUGAUUUUA